GCCGCCGCCAGCAGCUUCAUUGCUGACCCAGUUCAGACUGACCCAGAGAGAGAUUCAGCGCAGAGUUCUCAACAUGAGCGACAGUGCAGCCGCCGAAACAGCUCCUCCAGCCUCCGCUCCCACCAAAGCCAAGGCUCCCAAGAAGAAGGCGGCGGCUCCCAGGAAAAAACCACCCGGUCCCGGGUUGGGCGAGCUGAUUCUGAAGGUUGUCGGGGAUAUCAAGGAUCGCAAAGGGGCGUCUCUGUCCGCAGUAAAGAAGGCGCUGGAGAGAAGAGGGAUCGAUGUGGGAAAGCGAAAGACACAGAUCAAGAUGAGUAUCAGGAGGUGCCUGGCGAACGGCUCCCUUGUUCUGGUCAAGGGCCAGGGCGUCUCCGGCUCCUUCAAACUCCCAAAGAAUCCAGUCAAGGCAAAAGCGGGAAAGAAGGCGGGAACAUCAGCGGCCGCCAAGAAACCGACUGUGAAGAAAUCACCCGCCAAGAAAGCGACAGCGAAGAAAUCCAAGGCCAAGAAAGCGAGCGGCAAGAAGACGGCACCGCCAAAGAAAGCGGUGAGCAAAGCAGCGCCAAAGAAACGCACUCCCGUGAAGAAGGUGAAAAAGGCCAAGGGUCCUAAAGCCCCCAAACCCCUCAGCAAACCGGCUAAAGGCAAGGCCAAGCCGAAAGCGAAAGUGACCAAGACAGCAGCAAAGAAAUGAACCAGUCAGUGUAACAUUUAACCAUCU